AGCCGGAGGUCGGGCGUCACUUCCGGUGGGUGGGGUCCAGCAGCCGGAGUUCGGGCCGACUGGUCGCGGAGCCCCGUAGCCGCCAUGACGCACUGGUUCCACCGCAACCCGCUGAAGGCCACGGCGCCCGCAUCCUUCAACCUGUACGGGGUGGCCACCACCGGCGCCGCCGCCAAGGCCUGCAGUGACAUGAGGAGCGCAAGGAUCAAACUUCUGGAGUUAUUUACCGAUGUAAAUUGUAACAUGGAAAAGAUGAAAACGGCAGUCGAUGCAUACUUUUCUGUCUUGCUAGGUUUCAUAACAUCGCUGGAUGGCACCACACAAGAAAACAAGCUGCGUUUCAUUCAGAACUUCAAAUGGACUGACACCUUGCAGGGUAACACAGUGAGUGCCCAGCAGGAUGCCAUCUUCGAUCUGGUCUCGAUGGAGUUUAACGUGGCUCUAUGGCAUACCAAGCAUGCCUCCAGGCUGGCGGGGAAGGAGGACGUCUCCGUGGAUGAAGCAAAAGAUGUGCACAGGAGCUUAAAGACUGCAGCUGGAAUCUUCAAGCAUAUCAAGGACAAUGAAGUAAGCAGACUUGUGACGGCGCCUGAGAAAGGCAAGGACCUGGAAUCUCGGGUGCUGGACACCUACAUCAUUCAGAGCCAGGCCGAGGCUCAGGAAGUGACCAUCGCGAGAGCCAUUGAACUAAAACACAAUCCGGGUCUCAUCGCAGCUCUGGCUUAUGAAACAGCCAACUUCUACCAGAAGGCUGAUCACACCCUCACCACCUUGGAUCCGAGCUACUCUGCUAAAUGGAGGAAGUACCUGCAGCUCAAAAACAGCUUCUACCUGGCUUACGCCUAUUGCUACCACGGCCAGACCCUGCUGGCCAGCGACAAAUGUGGGGAAGCCAUCCGAUCUCUCCAAGAAGCAGAGAAGUACUAUUCCAAGGCAGAGGCUUUGUGCAAGGAAUACCGGCAGACCAAGGGGCCUGGGACCACCGCCAAGCCGUCCGAACACUUGUUCUUCACCAAGCUGGGAGCGUACAUCAAGAACACCCUGGAGAAGUGCCAGCGAGAGAAUGGGUUCAUCUAUUUCCAGAAAGUUCCUCCAGAGGCUCCGGAGCUGGAGCUGAAGGCGAGCUAUGGCUUGGUGGAACCGCAAGUCUUUGAGCUGCCGGCACUGGGAGAAGUGUGGACCAAGGAUUUAUACGCUGCAUUUGAUAUCACCCAAGGCCCCAAGGACGACAAGGCCAAGGUGAAGGAGGAAGAGGUGACCCCAAUGAAAGAGCCCGACCUGAAACCCCAGAAGGACAUCGGCUGUUUGAUUUCGUAAUGAGACAGCUGCGGGCGGGGAUGGGUUGGACUGUGCUCUACUGGGCACUGACUGCAGCUUCACCUGCUGACAGGACUUUACUCCAACGACCAAGAACUGGAACAUGGCCGGAUCCUUGUCCCUUUCAUUGAGUGCACUUUGCAAUGAAACUUUGUUAUACCUGCAAGUAACUAGCAGCUGCUUGCAUUCUCUUGCCCUGCUGCUGUGGGAAUGGGUGGGGGGUUCUGUGUGUGAAGUCUUUCUGCUCCCUGAGAGAUAUGCUGGGUGCCAGGAACUGAUGCAAACUCCAGUCAAUAACCGGCUUUAAACACUCACUGGAUGAUCCCCAGGGGCUCGACAAACAUUCCUCAUUAUUUCAUUCCAUUCACUCACCUGAGUUUUGUCCUUGCCCUUGAGGGGGGUGGGUUCCUGUUUGCACCCCAUGUUUGCCAGGGCUUUGCCUCCCCAUGGGCAUGUUUGAUUGCCUGCUUUGUCCUGGGAUUACUCUGUACAGUGAGGUUGGGCCAGGCCUGACAGAGGAGCUGAGGCCCAGCUGGGAAUCCCAGCGUGAUGACGGGCAGUGGCGCCAGCUCCCUCGCUGUCGGACGAGGUUCAUGUGACGCCCUGUCCGGUGACACUCCAUACCUGCCCAAGGCAAGGUGUCCAACCCCUCAACAAAGGCAGCCUUCGUUUCCCAGUUACCCUUAAUUCAUCCCCACCAGCUCAAACCUGUGACAGCUCCGUUCAAGAUGCCUCCGGAGCUCUUUGAUGUUGUUAAAGAUACAAAAUCAGUCAGUGAAUCACCAGAGCACAAGGUAGCAGAUGGGACAAUGGUGCAAUCGCUGUCUCACGCUGUUCGAUCCCAGCGUCCUGUGCUAUCUGUAUGGAGUUUGCACGUUCUUCACGUGACCAUGUGGAUUUGCUCCGGUUUCCCCCCCAAUCCCAAAGACGUGCAGGUUUGCAGGUUAGUUGUGCUCUAAAUUUAUCUUAGUGUGUAGAUAAGUGGUAGAAUCUGUGAGAGUUGAUGAAUAUCCAACUGCCUUUUUAAUGCUAUAUACACCUAUAUACACUGCUGUAACCGAGCUUAAAGAGCUUACAUCUCCAAAUCCUUGGAAAGGGAGUUAAUGGACAGGUUUUGCCCGUAACUGCCGCAAGCUCCCUGGCAGCAGCCGGGGAGGCAUAUUUGCAGUGGCCUUCUCUGGUCUAGCCUGGACCCCCUCUGGGCUGGAGAUAUUCAUCCCUCCCCACUGCCACAUGCUGAGCCAGUGUGUGAAGAUGUGAUGCCUUGAGUCUGCUGAAACUCCACUCCAGGAGUGUAAACACUCUCAGCAGGUCAGGCAACAUCUGGGGAGGGAAUGGAUAGACAACAUGUAGGGUCAGGGCUCUUCUUCAGACUGAUUAUAGUGGAGGGGACGCUAGAAAAGGUGGGGGCAGGCCUGGCAAGUGUUUGAUGGACACAGGCGAGGGGGGGGGGGUGAUUGGCCGAUGGACGGAGUACGUGACAAAGGCUAGAGGUGAAAGGGUAUUGAAUAAGGAGAGGAGUGAAAUGUUAAACCGGAGGGAGGGUUAUGGGAGGAGGAACAGAGGACUUGGGGAUGGGCGAUGAGUGGAAGGGGGAAAGGAAGGGAGCAGUGUGGCUGGGGUAGUGGGAGAAAUGUUCGGGAGGGGGUGGGGGAAGAAGGAUAAUAAUCAGCUCAAUGAGCGGAAGCCCUGGUUACUCCCAUGUCCGCUGUACAGAGUGUGCAGAGUGAUCUCUCUCUCUCCCCCUCUCCCCUGACCUGCCGCGGUUGGGGGGGGGGGGGGGGGGGGUGGUGAGAGGGCUGUCAACAGCUCCCCGCAAAACUUGACUGUCUGGGUCCCCAAACACUUUUACACCGACUGCAAUCCGCACAUCAGUAAACUUUAGAUUCAGACGUACUGAUUCACAGAUCCUCAUGAGGGGAAUGAUCACAGAUUGUAAUAAUUCUCUGCUUCAUGUUAACAUGCCUGUUUGUUGUGUAACUAUGUAAUCAGCACUGCUCUAGAUGGGAAAGAAUGAUUUAUGUGGCUGAGUAAAAUAAAUGUCAUAUUUAUACUGGAAUUUAAACCGU